UUUGGCACAAGUCACUUGCUUGCCCCGGAUCCGGGAAUCGCCAUGAGUGGCCAGCCCGAUUGCAGGCGUGCAGGAUGAAACCAGAGGAGGCAACUGAAACCCCGACCGCAGCUACACCUGCCAGCAGCCGCUUCCAAGAAGGUCGCAGGCGUAUCGCCUUCGGACCCAAUGUGCGCAAGCAGCAGAUUUUCUCCAGCAACUAUGUGUCGACGACUCGAUACAAAUUGUGGACAAUUGUUCCUUUGAAUUUGUUCGAGCAGUUUCACCGGGUCGCGAACAUUUGGUUCCUCAUCGUUUCCACUUUGCAGAUGCUGCCUUUCAAGAUUUCGCCCACGACCUCUUGGGCCACACUGGUGCCGCUUUGCGGGAUGCUUUUCGUGACCUUUUGCAAGGAUGCCUACGAGGACCUGAAGAGAUGGCGAGACGAUUGCCGUGUGAACCAGCAGACCUGCAAGGUCUUUUCGGGCAAUGAUGGGCGAGACAACUUCGACACUGUUAAGUGGUCGGAGGUCAAGGUGGGGAAUUUCGUGAAGCUUUUCCGGGACCAGCCGGUGCCUGCUGACAUGCUGCUGGUGUAUUCGACCACAGGCAGCGUCGCCUACGUCGACACCGCCCAAUUGGACGGGGAGUCGUCACUGAAGCCAAAGCAUUCGGCGGAUGAGACGCAGCAUAUGAUCCGCAACGCCUCGCUGAGAAGCGUGGAAGGCCACAUGGAGGCGGACUUGCCGAACGAGCUGGUGGGGCGCUUUGACGGAUGCCUCUACCUGAAAGGAUAUCCUAGAGGAGGCCUGAAGAACAUGCUCCUGCGUGGCUCCACCAUUCGAAAUACCUCCUACGUCAUCGCCUUUGUUGUGUACACUGGCGCGGACACCAAGGUGGUGCGGAAUUCCAGCCGAUCCCUGACCUCGAAGAGAUCCCAGGUAGAGGUGACCUCCAACAAGCUGCUCACCAUCGUUUUUCUCAUGCUCUUCAUCAUCUCCAUUGCCUCGGCUUUGGCCCGUGCUUGGCUCCUGGCGGACGCGACCGGCUCUAAGAACCUCUCGUGGGCCUGGCCUUUGACAGGGGGCGAUGACUUGCAGGACAACCCGUAUAUGGCUAUUCUGACUUUCCUCAUCGGGUACAACAACUUGAUCCCCAUCAGCCUCUACAUGACCACCGACUUGGUGCGCGCACUUCAGGCCUUCAUCAUGGAAUCCGACGAGAGCAUGUACUACAAGGAGGGUGAUGUCCACUGCACUGUCCGGAGCUCCGGGCUUUGCGAGGACUUGGGCCAGGUGGAUUUCGUUCUCUCAGACAAGACCGGCACCUUGACGCAGAACGAGAUGUGCUUUAAGGCCUGCCACGUGGCUGGCCAGACUUACGGCUAUUGGUCCGACACUCCGGACGAGUCCCGGGAAGGGGAUACCAGCCAGGGCAUCAACGCAGAGUUCUUCGGCUACCCGAGCGACCACAUCGAGCGCAUACCCUCGCGCAGCGUGUGUUUUCCCCUGAGUCCGUACAUGUGGAACGUGCCCUAUGAUGGCGAGCCUGGCCUGGGGCUACCAAGCCCCAACAACCACUUGAUCCACAACUUCUUCCUGUGCCUAGCCACCUGCCACACCGCUUUGCCGGAGCGCAUGCCGCCGGUGACGCCACAGAAGCGGUCCAACGGCCUCAUGCAAUCCCUGCAGGACUUGGACUUUGUCAGCCAGAAUGACCCAGCCAUGCAGUGUCUGCGGGAUGAGGCAGGGGUGGAGAACCGGAUGCAGCUUCUGGAAGAGGCCAACAGCACAGCAUUCCGAAGCCCCUCUCCAGAUGAGGAGGCGUUGUUGGCCAUGGCCCGGGACUUCGGCUUCUACUACAAGAAGCGAAAUGGCAAUAGGCUCACCAUCAACAUCCGCGGGCAAGAGGUGUACUACUCGGUGCUCAUGUGCAAUGAGUUCUCCUCGGAGCGGAAGCGCAUGUCGGUGCUGGUGCGUCAGUGCUCCGGGAACGACCCCCCGGCCAACCCCCAGAGCUCCCAUAUGGUGUCGGCCUUCAUGGCGCCUCAAGGGGUGACGUCGAUGGAGAAUCUGGGCGGCCAGCUCGAGGAUGGCCAGUACAUCCUUUUCGCAAAGGGUGCUGACAGCGUCAUGAUGGAGCGAAUGAGGCAGGAUGAUCAAGAGACCUCCAACUCACGCUGCCUGAACAUGGACAUGGAAGUCUCGGACAAGCUUCUUGCGGAGAGUCCCAGGCACAACCUCAAUGGGGCCAUACCAGAGGGCUUCGAAGCCGCCAUGGCCUCGGAGGCCGGCUCUGAAGGAGACCGCCCGGCAACUCCGGAUCCUGCCCCGCCAGCACCAACAGAGCCAGCACCACCCUUGAGCCUAGAGGUGGCAGACCCACAGGGCCUGGCCAGUGUGGAGCUCGGUGCACAUGUGGCGUCGGCGCAUUUGGGCGUGCCGCCAGCCCCCAAGAGCGGAGCCAGCAGCUUCCAAGACGAUCGCUCCUAUUUGGCAGCGGCUGCAUCCGGCAUGGUGAGCUGGAGUGUUAGGACACAACCUUCACAGGAGGUGAACGUGGAAGAGAACAAGCAGCAGAAGAAGCUGAAAGCCGCUAAGGAGCAGCUGCGGCACUUCUCCACGCACGGCCUGCGCACGCUGGUGUGCGGGUACCGCGUGCUGCCAGAUGCAGAGGCGGAAUGUUACAUCAAAAGGUACGGCGAAGCCCGGGGGACCUUCUUCAACCGCGACGAGCUCAUGGCGAAGGUGAUGGACGAGAUGGAAAGGGACCUGGACCUCCUAGGCAUCACUGCGGUGGAAGAUAAGAUCCAAAUCGGCGUGCCGGAGACGGUGAAGAUGCUGCUGGAUGGGGGCAUCCGAGUUUGGAUGCUGACCGGUGACUGCGUCGAAACUGCCGUGAACAUUGGCAGCAUCUGCCGCCUAGUGAACAAAGACUGCCGCAUGUACUACCUUACGUCCGAGGACGGCGCGGAUCAGUCGCUUGAGAAGACGCGGGACGACCUUCUGAACAAACUCAGGAGAAUGGAGGCUUGCGUCAUCGAAGGGCUGAAGAACCACAGCGCAGAAGCUUUUAAGUACAGUUUGGUGCUGAACGGUGCUGCGCUCUAUGCUAUUCUUGAGGAAUCAGCCAUGGAGCUGCAGCAACUUUUCGUCACGGUGGUGUGCAACUCCUACUCUGUCAUCGCCUGCCGGCUAAGCCCUGCACAGAAGGCUGCGGUGGUGGAGUUGAUCAGGACACAGGUGCCAGGGAACCCGCUGACGCUGGCAGUGGGCGAUGGCGGCAACGAUGUGAGUAUGAUCCAGAAGGCCCACGUGGGCGUGGGCAUCGCCGGCGCGGAGGGCCGGGAAGCGGUGAACGCCGCAGACUUCGCCAUCGGCCAGUUCCGGUUUUUGAGGUCAUUGCUUUUCUUGCACGGGCGGAGCAACAUCCGACGCAUCGGCAUUGUGAUUGGUUAUUCCUUCUACAAGAACUUCCUUCUGGUGAUUUGCAUGGCCUGCUACGCGCCGUUCAACGGCUUUAGCGGCACCACCUUCUAUGACUCCUACCUGAUCAUGAUGUACAACAUGGUGUUCACAAACCUCCCCAUCUUUGUGGUGGGCGCUUUGGAUGUGGACGUCUAUGCUCCUGCCGCUUUCGCGCUCCCAAAGCUCUACCUCUUUGGGGCGAACAAGGUCUAUUUUAACUACCGGAUGCUCAUUGCAUGGCUGGGGCGUGGGGUGGUGCAUGCCUUUGUGAACUUCUUUGUGGCGACGCUCUUCCUGGGUGGGUCGGGCGGGCAGCCGGCGGGCCUCACCGACUACCUCUCCCUGGGCACUUGGUCCUAUUGGAGCUGCGUGCUGGUGGCCAACUCUACUUUGCUGCUCCACGCCCAGGUGUGGAUGGACUGGCAGAUCUUGAUCUCAAUCAUUUCGGUGAUGUUGUUUCCGCCUAUCCUCUUCAUUUACUCGAACCCCAGCAUGUCGAACUUGCUGAACCCGUCCUUCAACGAUGUGGCUACCAACCUAUUCGAGUCAAUUCCGGGCUGGUUGAGCCUUUUGCUGGUCUUGGCGCUUUCUGUCUUGGUGGAGUUGGCCAUGGACGCCUGGCGCCGGGUCAACCGCCCCGAUCUCACCACCCGGGUGCAGGAGUUCCAGAGGAACAAGACGACCUUCGCUGGCGAGUCGUUCGCUGCUGCACGCCCCACGGCUUUCUCUACGAUGACGCCGAUACAUCCGGCCUCCUCGCCCUCAGUGGAUCACGCCCGCCUGGGCACCCAGAACUCCCGGUCCUUUGGCACAGACGCCAAGCUCACGACCGUCAUCCCCAAGGUGCCCGGCGUCGGCGAGAGGUCCCCGUGUGCCAAUGUCCUGACGCAGACAGGGCAAGAGCUACAGCUCCAGUCAGGCAUCUCCAAGACGGAGAGGCUGUAUCCGGAGUCCUUGGUGACUUCUCUCCCUUACAGCUACAAGCGAAGCGGCUACAAUCAGGGCGACUUUCGAGCGGAGGCUAUGGAGCUAAAGGAGUUUGCCCAAGAUUCCAAGCACCCGCCCAUCAAGCAGCCGGGUCUGAGUCUCAUCAUGGAAGGCCUUGUCAGAAACCGGGACGGUUCAAUCGGGCUGGCGCAUCUUGGAAGAUGGUGGGGUGAGGAGUGGAGAGCACGGCUCAGCUACUUGCAGUGGAGCCAGAUAAGCUUGAUGUCCGACGUGCUAGGGGGCAAGGAUGCGAACCACGUGGAGGAGGAUGUCACACAAAACAUCGCCGAGAAGCUUUCGCAGAUCACAGGCAUGCAGCGAGAGCUGCUGCACUUGGAUCACUUGGAGCCCCGGGACGAAGAGACCACCACGGGCCCGCAGGCGGCACCGGUGGACUACCGGCAGUCGCGAUUUAACGUGAACUACACGACAGAGUUUGUGUACAACAUUUUCACGCUGAAGUUCCGCUCCAAGUUUCAUGAGCAGGCCUUCUGCCAAAACUUCGACCACACCAGCCGCAACCAGUUCUUUGUUUCCGUACGCUCCGUGACCUGGGUCAUCAUCGUGGGCUUUCAGCUGGUAAAGCUCAUCGCCUUGCUGGCGGCCAAAGACUCUGAGUCCAUCCCACAGACCCUGCUGAUCAUUUUCGGAGCUGUGGCGGCCAGCGAGAUCAUCCUUUUCCCCUUGCGCUUCAAGAUUAUGGAUUCGAUUCAAGCCAGCUAUGUCGCCAUCAUCUGCUGCUCGCUGAUGAUUGCGAAGCAUGCGUAUGAGAUUGUGGCAGACGUGCCUGGCUAUGUCUCGGAUGCUAUCAUGCCCUUGUUCUUCUGCGCUGGGGUUCGGAUGCGCUUUCCCGUGGUGGUUUUCGUGCUGUUCCUGCACAUGGUCUUGCUGGUGCUUCAUCAGCGCCUCUUCCUGACUGAGGUGACCUGCACGGUGGGCAAUGGAAACACCGCUUCUUCGGUGUGCGACCAGAAUGGUGGUUUGAAGGCGGAGUACUCGGUGGUUCAGUUCGGCUUGGUCUUGUUGGUGGGCACCUACGUCUACGUCUCGGAGCGCUUUGCACGGCACUCCUUCGCCUGGGACGACCGCAUCGGCUCGGCCCGGAACGCGGACCGGGAUCUACUCAAGGGGAUGUACCCCGAAGAUGUGGUGGAAGCGGUGCGUACGAGCUUCCGCUUCAAUCAAAACCAGAGCAAAGACACGCAGAUCGCCUCCGUGUCUUCCACGGAGACCAUCUUCCAAGAGCGUGGGGUGGUGACGGUGGUGUUCAUCGACAUAUACGACUUCGAGCGGGUGGUGGCACACCUGGGCCCCGGCGACCUAGUGGCCAUGCUGGACCGCGUCUUCACCCAGAUGGACCUGGUCUGCCAGGAGCACGACGUCGUGAAGAUCGAAACGGUUGGGAAGACCUUCAUGGCUGCAGGGAUGACGGGGGACAAGAAGAAGCAUGGAAAGCUGGGGAGAAGCGGCAACGGAAAGGACUCGGUGCAGAAGAAAGCGGUCAAGUGUCUGGAGGUGGCCGUGGCCAUCCUGCGGCAGUUCUCCAAGUGCGCCACGGGGAUGAACGGCAUGGAGCGCCUGUCCUUGAAGAUCGGCAUCAACACCGGCCAGGUCAUCAGUGGAGUGGUGGGCUCCCAGAAACCUCAGUUCGCCCUCUUCGGGGACACGGUGAACACCGCGAGCCGCAUGAUGAGCACCGGCAAGGUGAACCACAUCCACAUCUCCAAGCAAACCUACGACUACGUGGAGGAUGACGAUCGCUUCAAGUGGACCCAGCAGCAAAUUGAGGCGAAAGGCAAGGGAAUCAUGACCACCUACCUCCUGUGGAACGAGAAGCGCCAAAACGAGAAUGGGCACGUCGUCAGGCAAAAGUCCCACCGCGAGGGCUCAAUCUUGGAGCUGGCCUCCUCUGAUGUCGUGCCCUCCACGGAGGAAACCACCUGGCACGCAUGCCCACAGCUUCGGCUGUCGAACCUCCCCAAGGCGAUUUCUGACGGCUGGCACUUCUGUGUCAAAGUCUAUGAGCUUGACUCCGGAAGGACCCAACAGGGUGGCUCGAUGCUGGGCUCGUUGCUGCUCUUUUGGCUGUGCUUUGGAAUGGAGAGUUGGUUCAUCAUCCACGGGGACACGGGGCAGAAUGCAUCAGACAUGGACCUCUUCCUGCACAUCCGCGGCGGCUUCGCCUUGGUCUGCCUCGGGGUGCUGGUCCUCUUCGGGGCUGCGCUCUCGCUGCUGCGCUUCGCCAACCCUUCGGAGGAAAAGAAGCCGGUGCUCACGGCGAAGUCCUCUGCCGACUCGCUUUCUGAGAUUGCUUCAGACAGUAGACCUGCAGCGCACGCUGCGACGAUCAAUAAGAGCGCCGAGACGAUCAACAAGAGCGCCGAACAGGAGGAGGGAAUCACCGAGGAGGAGGAGGAGAUUCAACACAAGCGCCAGACGAACGUGUGUUUGCGGAUCAGACAAUGGCUGGUCUACGUGGUGCCCAUCGUGGUGGUUUCCUCGGGCUACACCUGCGCGGUCGUCUCUGCGCGAUACGGCUUGGCGCAAAACGGCGUUGAGGAAGUGGCGCACUGGGUGUACUAUGAGUCCGUGUUUUACAUCAGCGCCAUGAUGCAUUUGAACGUGAUCCGGGCCAGUAUCGGCGCAUUCCUCUGCGGCUUUUUGAUGGUCCUUCCUGCGACGGCGCUGGGCGUAUUCGCAGACUGGCCGGCGGGUGCCAUCUACCCUGUCACUGUGUACCUCUUGCAGGUACGGAUCGUGCAAAGCUUGAAGCGCUACCAGCUCAAAAGCUUGGACGACUUGAACCUGGUUGAGAAGGAGCAUAAGGAGUGCCACUCCCUUCUGAAUAGCCUGCUGCCCAAGGAGGUCUUGCACAGCAUGCAGUCGGACACUCUGCAGUUGGCGUACACCUACAGGGACAUGACGCUUCUUUUUGCGGACAUCGUCGGCUUCACAAAGUAUUGCUCCUCCCACUCGCCCAACGAGGCGGUUAGGCUAGUGACACAUCUUUUCGCUCGGUUUGAUGACUGCUGCAAGUUGCUGGGCGCGUACAAGGUCUGCACCAUCGGAGAUGCCUACCUGGCCGUGAACGAGCCCAAGACGGAGCACGACGACAAGGUCCUGGGCGCGGUGGUUCUCAUUCACCUCGCCAUGGCCAUGCUCCGCAUCAUCGUCACAGUGCGGAACGAAGUGCAGCAUGAAGGCCUGAAUAUGCGAAUUGGCCUGCACCACGGGUCAUUCGUGGCUGGAGUCAUCGGCAGCAACCAGCUGCGCUUUGACAUUUGGGGCGAGGAUGUGCUGAUUGGCAACCAGAUGGAGUCCAACGGAAUCCCCGGGCGCAUUUGCUGCAGCGCCACCUUCGUGGACGUCAUGGCGCAGUUCAGCAAAGAGUUCAGCUUCACAGAGCACAAGGUCAUCGAUUGCUCUGGCUCCGCCCGGCAAAUUCCGAGCUAUUUGCUGAACGAGCCCCAUGGCAUUGGCACUGGCACCAUGGACGUGCCCAAAACUCCGAAGAGCAGAAGGAGCAAUAGGCACCAGUCCUCAUCCAGGAAGAGCCACAAGUGAUGGCAACUGCGAAUUGCAGCCACGUGCGCCGUAUGAAUACGCGGCAUGUGACUACCUGGGAUGGCAAUGUUAACGGCUUGCCUUGUAAAGGCACUUGCUGGGUUGCCUCGCAAAAGGUACGAUAAUUUCAGCCAGCUCACAAAAAGUAAGUGUCGCCAUUUGCCGUUUGGAUUUGUAUAAAAAGCUUAUUCGGAAGCCUUUGGGCCUGGUGCCGGGCGGCUGGUCGAGCCGUGCGGCAAAAGCGGCUCAGCCGUCCCUUUUUUUUUCUCCGCUCUCGGGUGGUCUGCAAAGCAGAGUGCCCAAUGGGCGGGCGCCUGACACGGAAGCGCUGGGCUCGCCCCACCCGAAAGCAACCA